AUGUCUCUGAGCGAACUCACGAGGAACGCCUUUCAAAGUGGUAUUCCAGCGUGUAGAUGGAUCGGACUCUGCAAGCUCUUCAUUUCGAAGAACCUCGCUCAUAGCAGCUCUCAUAGCAUCGAGACAGACAUUAGCAACUCUGUGCUCAUCCUCUUCCGCGACUACCCUGGGGACCCCGCACUCCAGGCAUACCUCAAGCAAGCCAUCCAAGAUGGCGUGCUCUCCCUCCCCACCUUCCUAACCACCUUCCUCGCCGCCGCCCAGUCCCCCGAACUGCACAACACCGCGACGCUCGACAUGCUCUGCACCGUCGCGCUCGAGCAGCACUACGCGUCCGGCCUCCCGCCCACGGGCUCGCUCAUCCCGUACGGCGAGCCGACCGCGCGGCUGCUCAACACCGUGCAGAACGCGAUGGCGCUCCUGCGCACCGCGUAUGCGCUCCCGAUGGCGCACUUCCACACGCUCACGACGGGGGCGGCGCAGCUGCUCGUGCUGCUGCUCUCGUGCGCGACGGAGCCCGCGCAGCUCGCGACCGCGCAGGCGGUGAUGCACCUCGCGGACGUGCACGAGCUGCUGCAGCUCGCGCGGCUGUCGCCGCCGCACGUGCGUGGGGUGCUCGAGGGCUUCGUGUGGUCGCUGGGGAUGCUGAUGGGCGACGACGCGAAGGUGGCGAGGGAGGCGCAGCUCAUGCACCUCUCGUCGGGGAAGGGGGACACGCUUUUAGGCUCCAGUUCUGAUACCGAUAUUGUGACCUGCACACUUGUGCUAAACCAUCUGAUCUUCAAUAGGGCAGGCGACUUUGGCUCGGGUGACGGGCAACACGCCGUGGCGAUCCUAGUCUCCCUCCUCCGGUGGUCCGCAUGGACGCCGGCGACUUUCUACUCACAAAUCAUCAUCUCUGCGCUAACAUGCUUCGCACAAAGCAUCAGCCCAACCGGGCCCACGCGAGCCAGUUCUAUCUGGCGAGCGUUUACGAUCGGUCGCCUACCGCACCUGUUAGCGCAGUUCCAGAAAUCGGCACAAGCGGCAGGUGUCGGCGAGGCUGACUGGCAUACCGCCCUGCAAUUCGCUCUGCCGGCCAUCCUCCAUCGCGGGGACCUGCUGGAGAAAAUAGACAACGUCGGGCAGACCGCUGGCUCCGACACUGGCAGCGAGAAGUCCGUCAUGCCCUGCAAUUUCACGUCGGAGUUCCUGUACCAAUUGCUCCAUGUCGGUCUGAUUGAGCAAGCGGUGGUCACCACCAUUAACCCCAAUUUCCCGAACGACUUCCACCCUCGCGUUGCGGCGGAGGCGCAUGAAGCGUCCCUCGAUCUUCCGGGCUACUUCGAGGUCAAGCUGUCUCCGGAUGCGAGCCCUGAAGACAUAGAGGUGCUCCUCUAUCGAGCGUGGAAGGACCCGUGUUGCCACUCCGCUUUUGCGGAGGUCGUGGAAAAGCGUUUUACAUCCUCGACGAAGAACGUGGACACUGAAACGCUGAGUUUGGUCUGCAAGAUGCUCUGUCAGCACGAGAUGGCGCUCGACAUGCUUUCGCUGCACACAAAGAUAUCUGAUCUAGUCGCGCAUGCGCUCGCGUUCGUGGAGGACUAUGACUGUGAGACGGUCGGCGAUCCCCAGACAGCGGUGACCCACCUGGGUGAUGUGGUAUUGUUUGUGGAGGCAACAAUAGCGCGGUUCAACCUGGGAACACAUUCCUUCUCGGUCGGCGAGAGGUACCUGAACCCUGAGUUCCUGAGAACCGCCGGGCCAAAUCCCCGAGUCGAUGAGUUGAAGGAAGAAGACCUAUCCGCAUUCAACUCGUGGAUCAAGGCGCUGUUUGACCCCAGUAGCGAGGGAAUCGAAGAUACGAUCCUAAGGGCUACGCGGCCAAAGGUGUUGUUACGGAUAGCACCCACUCUGUUUUCCCAUGCGAUUACACAAUGCAUGGAGCGCAAGAUGGACAAGGAUGCGCUGUUGAACGGGAUCUCGUACUUCCUGGCGCCCCUCCUGAACUGGACGCUCGCCAGGGUGAUCAAGUUCUUGUUGUCCGAGAUACAGCGACGCGGAUACGCGGUACCUGUCCACCUAGAGGUCCUCAAAACACUCCUGACCUCGCCCUCAUGCCCCCCUGCGGUGCUCUCCCUGUCCGCUCCAAACACCUUGCGCACAUUCCCGCAUCCCUUCCCGGAACACAGUAAGAAGGUUAUUGGGACAUUCGAUCUCGCGCCUAUCCGCCAGGCUGCACGGCGUGCCCUGGGUCUUCCCGAGGAAGGCUGCCUGGUUGCAGACCCUCAGAACGCCCUGAUCAUGCCCACGCCGACCGCGCAUUGGUCUGACCAGGCGCGUCAGCUCGUGACGAAUGCGCUGGCAGCAGCGAGAGCAGGACGGGCGGUCGCCCUCGACGUGGACCGCUGCCUGCUCCUCUCCCCGCCGACCAAGUUCCUCUCCGCGUUCUUCUCAGAACUCGCCCUCGCGGCGACGAUGGACAUGGAGGCCCCGCGGCGGCUCGCGACGUUCGUGCUGACGAUGCCGCGCACACCGCGCUCGCCGCCGUUGCUCCCGCUGUUCCUGCACCUGCUGCUACCGUCGCUGGUAGCGGCGGCCGACAACCUGCCGCCGACGGAGCAGGCGAUCCGGGUGGAGUUCCUCGUCGCGGUCAUCUCGUCGUCGCUGACCUCGGCGCUGCACCUGGAGUGGGCGAUGCUGACGACGUGCGGGGAGGAGCGGUAUGUGCUGGGCCAGUCUGUGACCUCCAUGGCGCGGCGGCUGGCGGGGGAGAUCAGGAGGCGGGGGGACGGGCCGAGUGCAGGGAUGAUUAUGCAGCGGCUGACGGCGAUGCAGCCGUUUGUGGCCAACUUUCCGACGUUCGCAGCGGAGCUGUAG